GGAGCGCCGGGCGGCAGCGGCUCUGGCUCGGGCUCGGGCUGGGGCUGGGGCUUGGGCUCCAGCUCGGGCCCUGCACCUGUGACUCGGCGGCGCUGCUCCUCCGCUGCCCCAUGGCCCCGUCCCGGUUGCAGCUCGGCCUCCGCGCCGCCUACUCCGGCUUCAGCUCGGUAGCCGGCUUCUCCAUCUUCUUCGUCUGGACGGUGGUCUACCGACAACCGGGGACUGCGGCGAUGGGGGGUCUCGCAGGUGUCCUGGCACUGUGGGUCUUGGUGACUCACGUGAUGUACAUGCAGGAUUACUGGAGGACCUGGCUCAGAGGGCUGCGCGGCUUCUUCUUCGUGGGUGCUCUCUUCUCGGCAGUCUCUGUUUCCGCCUUCUGCACCUUCCUGGCGUUGGCCAUCACCCAGCAUCAGAGUCUCAAAGACCCGAACAGCUACUACCUCUCCUGUGUCUGGAGCUUCAUUUCCUUCAAAUGGGCCUUCCUACUUAGCCUCUACGCCCACCGCUACCGGGCUGACUUUGCGGACAUCAGCAUCCUUAGUGAUUUCUAACCCAAGGGAUGAGGUCACCACAGCCUGGGGGCCCUCGGGAUCUGGACUCAGCUUCUGAGUCAGCAACGGAGCUCACCCCAACUCCUGGGGAACUCCAGAACCAUGGCAGAGUAUAUGGGCCAGUUCAGUUUCCCAGAGAUCUGUCUGGUCCCCUUUUGGGGAAGAUAUAGAGCUGUUAAAGGAAUACUGCCAAUCUUCCCAUUAGCCCAGCUAGAGGGCAGCUUAGACCUUUCCAAAUAGAUCUAUUUUCUUAGCCCUCUGAGGGAUCUCUGUCAGUAGGGCCAUGACAAUGAAUUCAAUGGCUAGGAUUGGAACUACAGCUAGUGACAGGGGAUGGGCCAGGCUUCCUUGCUACCCCAGACUUCAUUGAAGCUGUGUGGGGGGGAGGCAUCAAAGGUCUGAUCAAGAGAGGAAUCUUUAGUACAGGUCUUCAUCCCAUGUUCCCUGCCCUGUUACCCUGAAGUGUCAGGUAGCCAAACUCAUCCGUCCUUAGGGAAUUGACAAUUGGCUCCUUCCCUGAGCAGCACAGUUGGACAGAAUCCAGCGUCCGUCCCUCCUACCUUCCCAUCCAGAGUUUGUUUCCCAUGAGGGUGCUAGCGCCAGCCAGCCAUUCCCGUGUGUCGCACAUGCACACAUGACCACACACACCAGAGCAGGACUCCUCGGAUGAAGCUAGACUUGAGGACCACAGGAAACACACCCCUGCACUUAGAAGGGCUUUGGGAUUGGGGGGCAACCUGGUGGGGGCAAGUGGGGGCUCCCUAUCUGUACUGAGUCUCCAACCUUGCACCUCACCUGCCCCUCACUGCACAAGACCACUCUGACCGUGAGGACCUCCUCCCUGCCCCAGAUCCUAACUCGGACCUUUCACCUUCUCUCUCUCCUGAAGGAACUCUUCUGAGUGGACAUGGGCCCAAGGCCUUACCUAAGCAGAGAGGGAGGGCAGGGGCUGCUACUCUUCUCUGUAUCCUUCUCUGGUGGGUUGCCACAUUGCACGUCUACUCUUCCACUUGGGUACUGCCCCCAGCUCUCUGCCUUACCUGUGUUAUGGGCACUUAAGCAGAAAUACAGCAGCCAUUUUAACCAGCCUCAGGGUGUUUCUUUGGGGGGUGUGGGCGGUUUUGAGAGGGGACAAGAGUGGGUAAGAUGGGGGCUCUAGCUGUCUGAUCUGAUCAUCUCCCUAAGUUUAGGGCUACUGGACGGUACUCCUCAUUUCUGGUGCCCUAUGGGGAGACCACCAGCUCAGAUCUCCUUUGCUCUCCCAGCCAGGGUUAGGAUGCCCACAGACUCAACAUCCCUGCAGAUUCCAUCUCCCCACCCUAAACCAAGGUAGAUGGGAAAGGGAAUCUUUCUUUUUCUACCCCAGCCAGACUGCUUGGGGCUCCAAGGUACCUGAUGACCAGGAUGUGUGGAUUCAAAACCAGAAAGGCAGGAGAGCUAGCACCUCCCUCUCAUGCUUGUCCUGGCCUGUGUUUGCCUCACCCGAUCCUUUACAGUGUAUGCUCAAAACAUCAUGGGACUUUAGAGCAGGGGAGGAUAAGGAGCAGUGUCACUUCUAGAGCCUUCUGCUGGUAGACGCUCCUACUGACAGAGGAGGUAAAGACUACGGACCUCCCGGCUAGGACUUAAACCCGGUGUGUCUGCAUCACAGCCUUUUCCAGUGUCUUAGCAACCCGAAUCUGAGAUCUUGUUCCCGCAUCCCACAGGGCCCAGUGUGCAGGCCUCAGCCUGGGGCCAUCUCCCUUUUCACCUGGGUUGGUGAGCAUGUAUUUGGAGUGGUUUCUUCCUGCAUGUAUUAGCCAAGGAAGGACAAGGGACUAGAGGGUCUGAGUGAGGUCCAGACUUGUCCCCUUUCCCCAGCCCAUCACAGGAUGCUGGGUGCACACCCACCCCACUGACGAUGUCCCACCAACAUCCAGGAGGCGUUCUCCCAAGGACUUUAAAGCAAAUAAAACAUAUAUUGUUCAGAA